UCUCUUCUGCAGAGUUCUCUAGUUCCAGCCCUGCCGUGGGGGCUGGGCUCUGAAAGUGACUUUCCAGUGGCCUGGAAGGGCCCUGGUGAGUGGUGCCUGAGCUGAGGCAGGGUGCUGGUAAAGGUGGGAGAAGCAGGCUGUGACCUAGCCCAGAGGGGAGCUCACAAGGAGCCCGCCCCUUGAGAAACCUUGCUGGAGAAUUCUACAGCCUCAGAAAUGUCUGCGGACAAGAUGUGGGAGGACGUCACCUGUGCCAUCUGCCUGGACCCCAUGGCAGAGCCAGUGAGCAUCGAAUGUGGCCAUAGCUUUUGCAAGGAAUGCAUUUCUGAGGUUGGGAAAAGUGGAGGCAGUUCAUGUCCCGAGUGCCGGCAACACUUUCUGCUCAGAAACCUCAGGCCCAAUCGACAUAUAGCCAACAUGAUAGAAAACCUUAGAAAAACAGCCCAGGAUGCCAAGAAGGGCAGCCCGGAAGACCGCUGCACAACGCAUGGAGAGAAGCUGCACGUGUUCUGUGAGGAAGAUGGGCAGGCCCUUUGCUGGGUGUGUGCCCAGUCUGGGAAACACCGUGACCACACCAAGGUCCCUAUCGAAGAGGCCGCUCAGGUGUACCAGGAGAAGCUCCGCAUGGCUUUAGAAAAACUGAGGAAAGGGAAAGAAUUGGCCGAGAAGCUGGAAAUGGAUCUUGCAAAGCAGAGAACAGACUGGAAGAAGAACGUGGACAUACAGAAGUCGAGGAUUCAUUCGGAGUUUGUACACCAGAAAAACUUGCUGGCCAAGGAGGAGCAGAGGCAGCUGCAGAAGCUGGAGAAGGAUGAGCGGGAGCACCUGAGAGUCCUGGGAGAGAAGGAGAUUGAGCUAGCUGAGAAGAAUCAGGCCCUGCAGGAGCUGAUCACAGAGCUGGAGCGGAGGAGCCGAGGCUCUAACCUGGAGCUACUGCAGGAGGUGAGGAUUGUCCUAGAAAGGAGUGGAUCCUUGAACCUGGACACGUUAGAUGUUACCUCCCCGGACCUGACAAAUGCAUGCCAUGUGCCAGGGCGGAAGAAGAUGCUGAGGACAUGUUGGGUCCAUAUCACCCUGGACCCCAACACAGCCAACCCGUGGCUCAUCAUCCCAAAGGACAGGAGACAAGUGAGGCUUGGAGAGACCCGUCAGAAUGUGCCUGAAAAUGUGGAGAGAUUUGAAAAUUACCCCAUGGUGCUAGGUGCCCAGAGAUUCACCUCUGGAAAGAUUUACUGGGAGGUAGACGUGACCGGAAAGGAGGCCUGGGAUCUGGGGGUUUGCCGAGAGUCUGUGCAGAGGAAGGGGCUGUUUUCACUCGGUCCUGAGAACGGCUUCUGGACCAUUUGGCUGUGGAACAAAGACAACUACGAGGCUGGCACCGUCCCCCAGACCACUCUCCACCUGCAGGUGCCUCCGUGCCAAGUUGGGGUCUUUGUAGACUAUGAGGCUGGCAUUGUCUCCUUCUAUAACAUCACUGACCACGGCUCCCUCAUCUACACCUUCGGGGAGUGUGACUUUGCCGGACCCCUGCGGCCCUUUUUCAAUGUCAGUUUCAAUGACGGUGGGGGAAACUCAGCCCCUCUGAAGCUCUGUCCACUGAAGAUGUGAUGGCCUGCUGACCGCACUUUGUGGAUGCUGUUACCUCCUCCCUGUCACGAUCGAGAUCCAAUGACUGCUGUUACCUCCUCCUUGUCACGAUCGAGGUCCCAUGACUGCUGUUCCCUCCUCCCUGUCACAACUACUGAAGGCAGUUCCCGGGGACUGUUACUUCCUGUUGGGUUCCUGCCAUGCACUCUAACUUUUUUGCCCAUCCAGGGGAACCAUCUCACCCCCUCAUCUCUUUAGAGGAGCCAGAGCCCCAGAAUGAAGGUGUUAGCGGGAGCAAUGGAAAGUCGGUGUCAACUGACCUUCAACAUCAAUAUUCCUACCAUGGGUUCCUUAAUGACUCCCGCCAGUGAGACUGAUUCCUCACAGUGGACCCGAACUCUUCUAACCCAGACAAGACCACAUUUCUGUCUCCUUCGUGUGACUUCCUUUGUUUUCUUUUCUCUGUUUCUUGACUAUUAACUUGGGCCACUUGCCUAUCUAUUCCUGUAUCGUCCAUGGCUUGCCAAAAGGCGUCCUAAGAAACUGUGCCUUGGUUCUUGUUGGAGAAGCCCAAAUAUGUGUAUUUAACAUUGUACAUCUUUUAGUUUGGAUUGGGGUUUUUUGUUACCAGAGGUGUUUUUUGUUUGUUGCCCCACCCCAGAAUGCCAACACACUUCAUCUGUAGACUAGGUCAGGAAUAUCCAGUGUGACAAACCAAAGUCAGAAUAAACUAGUGAAGCUGAAUGUUGCAGUCACUGUGUACUUGUGUCCCCGUGAUGACCCAAGUCUAGGUAGACACUGAAAUGAGUACCUGAACUAGAACACGAGUAUAUCCAGAGCUUCAAAAAUACUGUAAGAAGAUUUAAAAUGAAGGAUGGAUGAAUGCACAAUAAAGAAAAUUCAGGACUGUUUUUAAUUCAA